CAAACGAACAAUUCCCCUCAUUGUUUGGUCCAAACUGCACUGUCAACUCUCAAUGAAACCAAAGAGAUAUUUAUAAGGCAAAUAGACACAAAGAUAAGCAUCACAUAAGCGUUCCCUCCAACUCAAAUCACCAUUUUUUAUUAUCUCCUCUUCUUCUUUAGCUUGGUUCCUUGACUCUGUCUCUCUCUAUAAAUAACCCUUACCCUUGGAAAGAUGAGGAAGACACAUCGUGUUUCUGAUCACCAAGAUGAUGCUUCUUAGACUUCUCUUCUUGCUCUUCCUGCUCAGUUUUGCAGCGGCCAUCCAGCCACUUUCCGGCAACAAGUUGUUGGGAUCAUGGUUUGGAAGAGGAUUUCAAGUCUACAAAUGCAAAUCAGGAAACUACAGUCUUGACCAUGCAGAGGCAACGCUCUAUGGGUGGGGUGCUGCAAAACAUUCGAAACCUGACAGCGUUGCCGGACGCCACUACUUCCUUCCUUUUCCUGAUGGUGCUGGCGGCAGACCCACAUGGUCCUUGUCUGAUGCCCAAGGCAACCCUUCUAGCACUGUCACUGGUAAAGUAUUGGAGAGCGUGGGUAGGGUAGGCACAAUCCCUGAUCUUUUAUUGCAAGCUACAUCUCACAGCGGCUUUGGUGGUUUUGCUGAUGUGUCACUCAUCAAGAGGGACAAAAACAAAGGUGGGACCGCACCUGGAGGGGGGAAAUGCUACAAGGAUAAUGAGUUGGUGAAGGUCCCUUACAUCGCAAGGUACAGCUUUUACACAAGGGACACAGAGUCAGAGGUUGGUGUUGGUAGUCCUAUUGGGGUUCCUACAGGGUUCAAGCCACUAGUCAACUAUUUUGCAGAGGGGGUGCAAAUAUAUGCAUACAAUGGUUCUGCUUGGGAGUUCAUGAGGGCAAAUGCUGUGCUUUCAUCAGGACCUGGCCAAGAGAUUGUUGGGCUUCAUUACUUUUUGGAUGGGGAUGAUGGCCAUGGAGGUCGACCCACAUGGAAGAGCCUGGCUCCUAAGAGCAGUGUCACCUGUAAGGUGGUGGCGAACUUACAGGAUAACCCUAACUCUGUUUCUUGGCUCUUACUUGAGGCGACUAGCCAUACUGAUGGAACCAGGCAGUUGUUUGGGUCAGUGAAGUACGUUCAAAGGGUGCACACGAGCGGGGGAUUGAGCCCAAUCAAUAACCAAGAGGCUAAAGUUGGCGAUCUAUAUGCCUCUCCUUACACUGCGGUUUAUUGGUUCUAUUAUUCCUAGUCUAAUCUAAUGAUAUCAAAUUCUCUCUCUCAUUUUUUUUUUUUUGACAAUGUUCAAACUCUCUCUCAUUUUUUAUUUUUUUGACAAUGUUCUAUAGGGAAGCUGAUUCUUUGUGCUUAUGCGGUUUAUAUUCUCGGAUUUAUAAUAAUACACACUGCAUUCCACUAUGAAUGUUGCUUGGAAUUUAUAUCCUCGGAUUUA